GGGACUGGCGUGUGUGGGCCAGCUGGUUGCAGCGCAUGAAGGGCUGAACGAACUGCGGCAGGCAUGUACACGCCCUUGGGCGUGGGGCUCCCGGUUUGGUGAAGCGUGUGGGCAAAUGUAUGUGACUGCUGUGUGGCGGCGGGUGCUGCACUGGAGUACGCGGGCGCGCCUGCCGUCGCCCCUGCCGGGGCCGGCGGCGUCGCCUCAAGAGGCGGCCGACCGGUUUGCUGCGGCGGUGGUCCUUCUCUCCGCUGGCUGGGCUGCCGCGCACCGCGCGUGCCGCCCAGCUGGCUCGGGGGCUUGCGGCUGCGCUGCCGCUCCCGGCAGCCGACAUCUUAGCCGCCCUGAAGGCUAAGCAUUUGCAAUAUGUGUGUGACGCGGGUGUGUUGGGCGUGGAGGCUGCCCUGGCGGCGGCGCGGGCCUUCGUGUGCACCUUGGCCCGCUUGUGGUCGCUGAAAUGGGAGAAUCGUCAUAAGGAAGCACUGUGGCGUGUGGCCGCCAACGCUUGCUGGGCGUUUCCACGGCAUGCUAGCGAGCGGGCGCAAGGCGUUGCUGUUGACCCGUGUUGGGCGUGUGGGGUUGACAUGCAGGAUGGGAACCGGCGUCACUGGUUGUGGGACUGCACUGUUGCGCGGGAAAUAUGGGGAUGGCUAUGGGUUUCAUGCCAGAGGAUGCUUUAAGUGCCUUCUCUCGUGAGGAGUUGUGGUUAUUGCGCCUGCGGGGCUUAUGCCACCUGUGUGGGAUGUGGUGUGUCUCGCUCUAUGUCUGCCCGGGACUUUGGUCUGCAGCGUAUGGUUAUGGCCGGGCUGGCGGCGCGAGCGAAGCUGCCGUCGGCCCGGGUGCUGAGCAUUGGACUUGCCGUCGUCGCUGACUUCUGGGGUCGUCUCAAGACGUUUGUGACUUUGGGUAUCAGGCCAAAGGGUUGGGACACUGUUCUGCGCAUCCUUUCAUCUCUCGGGCUGUUGGUGAGGGCAUGGUAUUGCGCUUGCCGUAUGACGCUGAUUCCCCGCCUCCCCCACCGUGAGAGGUUGUGGGUGGUUGGUGGCUUUGUGUGUGGGCAGAACGCACGUGUGGGGGACCGUUCUAGUGCCUGGACGCUUGCGCCCUGGUUAGUGCGUGCACUGUGCGUGUGUGCUGCGGCCUGGACGAUUCCCGGCACUCCGGUGUGGCGUUGAGGCACAGCGGUGGGGCUCUGGCGGGUUGAGGCUUGGCUAGGACUCACUGUGCGCGGAGUCACGCGGAUUUUGACCGCGGGAGGGUUUGCAGCAACGUCCGGGUAGGUCGAGUCAAGUUGGGCCCUGAUAGCAUGUGAUGGCUCGCUCGGCGUCUUCGGGUGCUGGGACUGUCCCCUCUGUAACAUCCGCAUUCC